ACGGGCCGUCCUGGCAAAGUCAAAACACUUAGUCUGGCCCUUUCAGGUGAGGACCUCCUUCCCUAUCCAGGCACAGUACCAGUCCAAGCCCCCUUUAAUUUCCCAUGACUCCCCGCGUACUCAAGCCCCGCCCCCAGCCCCCCGGCUCCGCCCCGAAGUUUGAGGGGUGUGGAUGGUUUGUGACCCCCUCAUCCGAUUCUACCCCUCACCGGCUGGGCGAACUGGGCCUGGGAACGGCGGCCGGGACCAGGCAGCCUUUCGACUCGGGUGAGCCCACGGACCCCUCUCCAGCGCCGCGGGAAUAGGACCGCCCAGACGCGGAGCCUUCGCCUCAGAAAAGGCAGGGUCGGGGACCCUCCACACCGGGCGGGCAGGGUCGCUCGGAGGCAGAGGAGGGAGCAAAGGCCUCUGAGGUGGGAGCCCUGGCGUCCUGCCCGGCCCCUGCCCACGAAAGUUCCCUGUGUCUGUGCCAGUCGUCUUCGCCUCUGUUCGCCGCAGUUUUCUUUUCUGUAAACCAGGGAGAAUGACAGUAAGCUUCUUACCAUCAGGGGUUAGUCGUGCGGGUGAUAAAUAAUUGCUCCCCUUUAUUUAUUGAACAAUUGCAAUGUGCCAGGCACUGUGCUAAGUAUCUUGCUUCGAUGAUUUUCCAUCAUCUUCAGAACAACCUUAUGAGCGUGGACCCAGUCAGCAGCCAGGCCAUGGAGCUCUCUGAUGUCACCUUCAUUGAGGGUGUGGGUAAUGAGGUGACUGUGGUGGCAGGUGUGGUGGUGCUGAUUCUAGCCUUGGUCCUAGCUUGGCUCUCUACCUACGUAGCAGACAGCGGUAGCAACCAGCUCCUGGGCACUAUUGUGUCAGCUGGCGACACAUCCGUCCUCCACCUGGGGCAUGUGGACCAUCUGGUGGCGGGCCAAGGCACCCCAGAACCAACGGAACUUGCCCAUCCAUCAGAGGGUAAUGAUGAGAAGGCUGAAGAGGCUGGCGAAGGUGGGGGAGAUUCCACAGGGGAGCCUGGAGCUGGGGGUGGUGUUGAGCCCAGCCUUGAGCAUCUGCUUGACAUCCAAGGCCUGCCCAAAAGACAAGUGGGCCCAGAGAGCAGCAGUCCAGAGGCCCCCCUGAGAUCUGAGGAUAACACCUGCCUCCCGCCCAGCCCUGGCCUCAUCAAUGUGCGGCUCAAAUUCCUCAAUGACACCGAGGAGCUGGCUGUGGCUAGGCCGGAGGAUACUGUGGGUGCCCUGAAGAGUAAGUACUUCCCUGGACAGGAGAGCCAGAUGAAACUGAUCUACCAGGGCCGCCUGCUGCAGGACCCAGCGCGCACACUGCGUUCCCUGAACAUCACUGACCACUGUGUGAUUCACUGCCACCGCUCACCCCCAGGGUCAGCUGUUCCAGGCCCCUCAGCCUCCCUGGCUCCCUCCUCGGCCACUGAGCCACCUAGCCUUGGCGUCAGUGUGGGCAGCCUCAUGGUGCCUGUGUUUGUGGUGCUGUUGGGUGUGGUCUGGUACUUCCGUAUCAACUACCGCCAGUUCUUCACAGCACCUGCCACUGUCUCCCUGGUGGGAGUCACCGUCUUCUUCAGCUUCCUAGUAUUUGGGAUGUAUGGACGAUAAGGACGUAGGGAGAAAAUGAAAGGCAUGGUCUUCCUCCUUUAUGGCCUCCCCCUUUCCUGGCCAGAGCUGGGCCCAAGGGCCUGGGAGGGAGGGGUGGAAAGGAUAAGGUAGGUCCUCCUCCAUAGGCUACUGGAGGCAGAACAGGGCCUUCCCUUCACGUUCACGAGGGUACAGAUAUCCCCUCUGUGCAAGCACAACUCAGGUAGAAAUGAGAAUGUCCUCUUCCUUCACUUUUAGGGUCCUGAAGUUCAGAGCCAAGCUGGUGGCCCAGCUCACUGGGGAGUCUGGGCUCUGAGGAUUCCCUCCCAGCUGUGGCCUAGCUCUUCUCAUUGUCCUGCAUGUCUGUUCCUCAGUACCCAGGGCUGCCUGCCAGGGCAGCUCAGCAUGGCCCCAGCAUCCUUCUGUAGGGACCCUGGAGGAUCUUUAAAUUCCCUAGAGAAAUAUCCACCUUAUGAAACUAAAAUCACACAGGCAGGCAGGAAGAUCGCGUCAGCUUUCCCUACGGCACCCAGCUGCCUCUGCCUUCUCCCUCCACCCCUGUAGCAGGAAUAGGGUGUUCUCCAUGUUCUGGACAGUUUCCAGUGUUCUCCCUUUUUUCAAAGCACUUUGCUUGUAUUUUUUUUUUUUUUAAAUGGUCCUUUAUAGAGCUCAGUCAGGAAGGGGAUUGGGGCACAAAGCCAAGACCCCAGCAUUGGGAGAGGCCAGGCCACAGCUGCUGCUACCCUAGGCCUGAGGCUGUAAGCAAGAGACAGCUCUGGCCCUCAGCCAGUGUCCUACCCUACCCACUCCAAGGACAAGCUCUGGAUAUGGAGCACUGGGCCCCAGGCCCUUGCCUCUGGGGCUCUUGGAUGGUCAGUGUCUGUGACUGAAUAAAGUUCCAUUUUGUGGCUGUGGAGCCUCUUUCUGUGA